AUGGAGGCAACUGUCACAAAUAAACGUCUGCAUAUUAUCCUCCGGCAUCCCAUGCAACUCUGUCGUAGAGCCGGCCUUUUUCCCGUAGAGGGCUUAGAUAAGGAAACUAUUACCAAGUUAAGAUUCAAUAUGAGCACGGUUUAUGCUUUGUAUCACGUCGCAACGCUGGUUUCUCAGAUGACGUUAGCAUGUUUAAGCAUUUACUAUUUCUUCAAAAACGAUCUUAAGCUUAAUAACUUAAAAAAUCUUUUAUUUUACACAACUGGUUUGAUAUCCGCGUUUCUUCUAUUGAAACUGGCGAAAAAUUGGCCACGACUCAUAAGGCGAGCUAGUCACAUCGAGCAGCUUGUUGCUGAGGUUCAACAGGACACGGGCAAGGGCUGGAAACAGGAUAAAAUUGUUUAUGGUGUGAUGCUACUUGCAUUAUUGGAACAUGUUCUAUCAAUAACAUUCCAAAUGAAACUCGUUAUGCAUUGUAACCACGAUUUCAAGAUUGAUCUUAAUUUAAUAAAGAAUUAUUUUAUAAGAACCACACCUGUCGUUUUUGGUAUAACAACAUACACGGAAUGGAAGGCAACUUUGUACGAGAUUGCGAAUUUACAAGCUACGUUCCUUUGGAAUAUUACCGACGCCAUCACAAUGUGUACUAGCUUGUACCUCGCUUCAUAUUUUAAAGAUUUAAACAAACUCAUCAAACGACAGGAAAAACAGAAUGCUGUCAACUGGAAAGAGAUACGAGUGUUUUAUUCGUAUUUGGUGGAACUCGUGAAUGCAGUGGACGAAAACAUGUGCUACUUGAUUCUGAUGUCGUUCUUCACUAACCUAUUUUUUAUUUGCAUCCAAUUGUAUUAUUUGACAAAAUAUGAUGACUCUGUUUUCGAGGGCUGUGAUAUCCAUCAUGACCAAAAUCGGAUCAAAUUGGUAUUUGACAGUUGGGAACAUACGCUGUACUACGCGUUUUCUUUCAUUUUCUUAUUUACCAGAGCCAGCGUCACGUCACUAUUGGCUGCGAAUAUUAAUACUCUCGCCCAACAACCUUUGAUCGUUUUGCAAAACGUUUCGCCAUCGGAAUAUACUAUUGACGUGCAGAGAUUCAUCCGUCAAAUCCGUUACACAACAACAGCGUUAAGUGGAUUAUUCUUUUACAUAACCAGAGGAAUGAUUAUCACGGUAUCUUAUUAUUAUUAA